UUCCAUUGAAACAAAACACUCCGGCCAAGCUUUGAACUGUGGCUUUCACCUCUGCAACACCUUAAAUCUUAUACAGUUUAUACUACACACACUACACACUCUGCUCUAACAGGAAGCAGGGCACUUUGUCAAGUCUCCGCCUUUUUCUCCCAUUCGCCGCCGCCGCCGCCGCCGGAGAGAUCCCGGUAAGUUGUUAUCAAUUGAAGAGAUGGCCGGCGCUGAUAAAAAAAUCGGGGAUGAAACGGCGCCGUUCGACCUCAGUAAUUUCACGGUGAUUAAAGAAGGAGAGGCUGAGAUUUUAAUGCACGCCGGAAAUGAAGUUUUUUAUAACAAAAGCCAGGUUAAUAACAGAGACAUGUCUAUUGCGGUUUUGAGGACAUUUUUAACAAAGCGCAAACAAGAGCACGAAGAAUCAAAAUUGUCCAGGAGAAAAAAACAUGCACCAAAAGUUGCAGAGGAUGAACAUGCAGUUGAUCCAAAAACUGUAAUGGAUUCAGGAAUGGAUAUCGAAAAAACGAAUGGGGAAUGUGAAGUCUCUCAAGAGAUAUCUGAAGAUGAACCGUGCAGCAUUUUAGACAAUCCAGUUGCAAACCAAGAAGGAAAAGUUCAAGGAGAAUUGAAACCACCACAAGUUUUGGAGGCACUAUCGGCUUCGGGACUAAGAGCUUUAAGAUAUGCACGUGAAGUAGAUGGAAUUGGUCAAGUUGUCGCUCUCGACAAUGAUAAAUCGUCUGUUGAAGCUUGCCGAAGAAAUAUUAAAUUUAACGGUUCAGUGGCAUGUUCGAAGGUGGAAUCGCACCUAGUCGAUGCUAGAGUUUUCAUGCUUACGCACCCCAAAGAAUUUGAUGUGGUUGAUCUUGACCCGUAUGGGUCACCGUCUGUUUUCUUGGACUCUGCUGUACAAUCAGUUGUUGAUGGAGGCAUUUUGAUGUGCACAGCAACUGAUAUGGCAGUGCUUUGUGGGGGUAAUGGUGAAGUUUGCUAUUCCAAAUAUGGCUCUUAUCCUUUGAGAGGAAAGUAUUGCCAAGAGAUGGCUUUGAGAAUCCUUCUUGCUUGUAUCGAGAGCCAUGCAAACCGAUACAAGCGGUACAUUGUCCCUGUGAUAUCUGUUCAGAUGGAUUUCUACAUACGUGUUUUUGUACGCGUGUACACUUCCGCAAGUGCAAUGAAGAACACUCCUUUAAAGCUCUCGUAUUUUUAUCAGUGCACUGGAUGUGAUUCUUUUCAUCUUCAGCCUGUUGGGAGGACAGUCUCUAAGAAUAAAAGUGUAAGAUACCUUCCUGGAUUCGGUCCUGCUGUUGCCGAAGAUUGCAGUGACUGCGGCAACAAAUACAAUAUGGGUGGGCCCAUUUGGUCGGCUCCGAUUCAUGACAUGGAUUGGGUCACUUCAAUUCUCGAAGAUGUCAAGUCUAUGAAGAGUUGUUAUCCUGCCUUUAAUCGGAUCUCUGCUGUACUGACUACAAUUUCAGAGGAGCUAGCAGAUGUUCCUCUAUUUGUGAGUUUGCACAACAUAAGUGGAACAUUAAAAUGCACAUCUCCAUCUGCAAUUCUAUUUCGCUCUGCUGUAUUAAAUGCCGGAUAUCGCAUUUCAGGAAGUCAUGUUAACCCUUUGGCAUUGAAAACCGAUGCUCCUAUGAACGUGAUUUGGGAUAUAAUGCGUUGUUGGGUCAAAAAUCAUCCCGUGAAAUCUCAGCCAUCGGAUCAGCCCGGAAGUGUUAUCCUUGCUAAAGAACCUGUUCUCCAGGCUAAUUUUGCACGAGCUGCAACUUCACUUAGCAAGGCGCAGGUUAAAAAAGUUGCGAGAUUUCUUCCAAAUCCCGAGAGGCAUUGGGGGCCAAAGGUAAAGGCGGGUCGUCAGAUAACUAGCAAGCAUGCUUCACUACUCGGUGAAGAAGCGGUUAAAUCAGUUAAUAACAAACACGAAGAAGGCCAUGAACCCCCAUGCAAACGUAACAAGACAGAAGAUUCUGCGACUAAUUUAGAAUAAUUGAAGAGAUAAUUGAUUAUUGCGCCCCAUUUAUUUUUAUCGGACGAAUUUUCGAUCCUGUGAAAUUUUGAAGAACAAGAUCAGUUUUGUUUAUGGUUCUUGAUUUUGGAUAAUGCUUUUUUGUUUUUUAAUGAUUCUUCUGGACAAAGGAAUUUUCUAUGGUAUUUAUUUUUUUAUAA